AUGGAACAACCCUCGAGAGCCUCGUCCAUCUAUCAGCGACUUCCUGUGCCUCUGCCUAGCGAUCGAGUGCCUGCGUUGCGGGAACUUGCAACCCCCAGGACAGGAUCUGCGACGAAAACAAAGCAAUCCCCUAAAACCCGAACAUCCUACACAGCAUCCCCGGCGCAUGUCAGGUUCUCGGUACAUUCGUCAGGACAAAAACAACACCCGAAGACAUCACAUCAGACCAGGAGACAUCACACCAGACCAGGAGACAUCACAUCAGACCAGGAGACAUCACACCAGACCAGGAGACAUCACAUCAGACCAGGAGACAUCACAUCAGACCAGGAGACAUCACAUCAGACCAAGAGACAUCACACCAGACCAGGAGACAUCACACCAGACCAGGAGACAUCACACCAGACCAGGAGACAUCACACCAGACCAGGAGACAUCACACCAGACCAGGAGACAUCACACCAGACCAGGAGACAUCACAUCAGACCAGGAGACAUCACACCAGACCAGGAGACAUCACACCAGACCAGGAGACAUCACACCAGACCAGGAGACAUCACACCAGACCAAGAGACAUCACACCAGACCAGGAGACAUCCAGGAGACAUCACACCAGACCAGGAGACAUCACACCAGAACAGGAGACAUCACAUCAGACCAGGAGACAUCACACCAGACCAGGAGACAUCACACCAGACCAGGAGACAUCACACAGACCAGAGACAUUCACACCAGACCAAGAAACAUUACACCAGACCAGGAGACAUCACACCAGACCAGGAGACAUCACACCAGACCAGGACACCAGACCAGGAGACAUCACACAGACCAGGAGACAUCACACCAGAUCAGGAGACAUCACACCAGACCAGGAGACAUCACACCAGACCAGGAGACAUCACACCAGACCAGAAGAGAUCACACCAGACCAAACUGGGGCACACCACACCAAAGAGGAUGACAUCACACCAAACCGGGGGACAUCGCAGCAGAUCGGGUGACAUUACACCAGAAAGGACAUCACACCAGACUAGAAAAAAACAUCACACCAGACCGGAGGACAUCACAUCAGACAUCAGAUCAGACAGGGCGACAUAA